AUGUUGCGACUGCAGUAUGAGAAGAAGAAGCUGAUAGUGUUGGGUGAUGUUUGGGGAGACCUUAAUUUUAAUGAAACUGGGAUACCAUCUGGUGAUCAUUUCAGGAAUUGCAAAAUUCUGCUAACAACACGUCGGGUACCUGUUUGUGAGUCAAUGAACUGUCGACCUAAGAAUCUACUGGAUAUUUUAACUGAAGACGAAGCAUGGGCUUUAUUCCAAACAGCUGCCAACCUGGAGGAUGACUCCACAGCCUUGAGCAAUGUGGCAAAGAGGGUAGCAAAAGAAUGUGGGUGUUUGCCUAUAGCGAUUGUGUCAGUAGCCAAGGCCCUCAGAGGUAAAUCACUUCACGGAUGGGAACGAGCAUUGACAAAGCUUCAAGAGGGUGAAUAUAUAGAAAUUCAAGAUAUGAGUGGAGAAGAAAAGGCUUUUAAAAGCCUCAAGUUCAGUUUUGAUGAAUUGCCACGGGAGGAAACCAAGAGAUGUUUGCUGUUAUGUUCUUUGUAUCCAAAAGAUCAUGAAAUUUGUGUUGAAGAUGUGUCUAGAUAUGCAUUUGGGUUGGGGCUGUAUCAACAUGCACAAUCACUAAAAGAUAAUCUGAGUGAAGUUUUGUACGCAAUUGAUGAGCUCAAAGAUUGCCAUUUGCUGUUGGAAGCUGGAAGUAAAGGACAUGUGAAAAUGCAUGACUUGGUUCGUGAUGUCGUCCUGUUGAUCGGGAAAAGUUAUUUGGCUGCCAGAGAGUCAAGAACAAAGAAGGAAUUCAUUGUGGGUGGCGGUGUUGGGUUUGAAGAGUGGCCAAUGGAUGAAAGAUUCAAAGAUUGUGCAGCUAUUUCCUUGUUAGACAAUGAGAUAGGGAGACUUCCGGAUCAAUUGGAUUCUCCAAGGUUGGAAAUUUUGUUGUUGGCUAGAAGGACAUAUGGUACAGUAGGGUAUUCCAGUUCUGGAGAAGAGUUUACCAAUAUUUUGGAUAAAUCUUUUCAAGGAAUGGAAAAACUUCGGGUUCUAUCUUUAACUCAUGGGAUCUUGUCAAUACAAUCACUAGUAUGCUUAAUGAGCCUUCGGACUCUGGAGCUGAGAUAUUGCAAACUCACCGCUUGCAUCUUGCAAAAUCUGAAGACUCUUGAGAUCCUUAGUUUUUUUGGUUCUGAUGUUGGGGAAUUACCAGAAGAGAUAGGAGAGUUGAAGAACUUAAAACUGUUGGAGUUAAAAGACUGUUAUAUAGAGAGAAUUCCUUCAAAUUUGAUUCGAAAUUUAUUCAAACUUGAAGAAUUACACAUUGGUCUCUAUGAAGGAUGGGAGGAAAGUACAGACAAUGCUAGCCUGAUGGAGUUGAAUUCCCUGCAGCACUUGACGACUCUGUCAGUGACACCACGUAAUGUUAUUCCAGAAAACUUUGUUCUUUCCAAGAACUUGACUGAGUAUCACAUUCACAUCUGUGAUUGUGAGUACCCAAGCUUCCCGUCAAGGCUUAGAUAUCCAGCAUCCAGAACCAUAUGCUUCAUUCCAACCGAAGAAACCAUUCGAGUAUGUAAGGAGUUGUUCAGUAAUGUAUAUGAUCUUUGAAUGGAUUACAACCCUGGAAGAUUCAAAAACAUGAUGCCAGACAUGUCUGAAGUGGGCUUCCAAGAUCUAUCUCGCCUUGAUAUUCAUGGUUAUGAAUUGGAAUGCCUUGUUAGUUCUACAAAGCAGAAAAAAAUAGCUGCCAAGGCAUUUUCAAUAGUGGAGCUAAAUAUCAACUUUGUAGGAUCUAUGAGAGAAAUAUGUGAUGGUUUGCCACCAGAGGGGUUCUUAGAGAAAUUACAAAAACUAAUGAUCACUGAAUGUGACAAAAUGAUCACCAUACUUCCAGCAAAGUUGUUGCGAGGAAUGCAAAAAUUAGAAAGUGUUAAGAUUGAAGAAUGUCAGAAUUUGCAAGAUGUAUUCCAGCUGGAUGGAGUGUAAGAUGCAAAAAAGGAGUGCCUUUCACAUCUAACGACGUUAGAGCUGAAAUACAUGGAUGCAUUGAUAUGCAUAUGGAAGGGGCCGACACACCAUGUAAAUCUCAGAAGUCUCACCAGUCUCACUCUUUGGGACUGUGGGAGCUUGAAAUCUGUUAUAUCACCAUCCCUUGCUUAUAGUCUGGAGCGCCUGGAAAAACUUGAUAUAGAAAGUUGUGGUCAAUUUCAGCAUAUUAUCUCAGAGAAAGAUGAGGAUGGAAAAGAAACAUUUUCGAAAACUCAUUCUCAACAAGCCUGCCUGCAAAACUUAAAGGAAGUCCAAAUAGAAGACUGCAAGAAAUUGGAAUAUGUCUUGCCUAUGUCAAUUGCUCAAGGCCUUUUUUACCUUGAAGUGUUAAAAAUAUCUGAUGCUGCUAUGCUGAUGCUGAGCUCUUUGAAUGAUUCUCUUACAUUACAACAUAUUCUCUCAUAG